UUUCUUUAUUUCUUCCCUCCCAGACCCAACCCCAACCUCAACCCCGUCUUACUGUCCCAUCCCUUAAACCCUAAACCGCUGAAAGAAGAAGAAGAAGAAUAUGGUGAGGCUCACCGCCGAUUUGAUUUGGAAGAGCCCUCAUUUCUUCAAUGCCGUUAAAGAGCGAGAGUUGGAUCUUCGAGGUAACAAGAUAGCUGUAAUGGAGAACUUGGGAGCUACGGAGGACCAAUUUGACACCAUCGAUCUGUCUGACAAUGAGAUUGUUAAGCUUGAAAACUUGCCCUAUCUAAAACGAUUGGGUACUUUGCUCAUAAACAACAACAGAAUUACUCGUAUUAAUCCUAACAUUGGGGAGUUUUUGCCGAAGCUACACACAUUAGUUCUUACAAACAACAGGCUUAUCAACUUGGUAGAGAUUGACCCUCUUGCUUCCCUCCCUAACUUACAGUUUCUUAGCCUCUUGGACAAUAACAUCACCAAGAAACCUAAUUAUAGACUCUAUGUCAUCCACAAACUAAAGACACUCCGGGUUCUUGAUUUUAAGAAAGUUAAAACCAAGGAGAGACUGGAAGCUAUAAACCUAUUUUCUUCCAAAGAAGUUGAAGAAGAAGCCCAGAAGGAAUCUGCAAAGACCUUCAUACCAGGGGAGACUCCUACUGAUUCAGAAACUGCAGAGGAAGAUGUAUCACAGAAACCCGUUGCACCAACACCUGAGCAAAUUACUGCUAUUAAGGCUGCAAUAGUGAAUUCCCAGACUCUUGAAGAAGUUGCAAGACUCGAGAAGGCGUUGAAGUCCGGUCAGCUUCCCGCGGAUUUCAACACUUUGGUUGACAAUGCUCCAUCCAACAGCAUUCAAGAAACAAAAGAAAGUACAGUUUUGAACAGUGAAAAUGAUGCCGAUGUUAAAUCAAGAGAUGUGGAGGAACAUGAUAAAGAUGAACCUGUACCCAUGGAACAGGAGUAGAUAUGUUUAAUUGGUCUUAGGGAGGAACAUUUGCUAUUUGCAUCUGUGGUGGCUGAUCUGGAAAAUAACAACUGAGACUCAACAAUUGGAUUUAUGUGAGGAAUUAUUUGCCAAUGCCAAUGACAUGGCUCUUGAAGUUCUCUUCCGGCCUCAAAUGAUGCUGACCUUUGUUUUUAUUUUUUAUUUUUAUUAAAUGUAUUAGAAAGGUAUAUUCUGCAUGAAACACUUGACAUAUAAUAGGCUUGUGGAAAAGUUCCCUCAAAUUUCAUAACUGGUUCUAGUUAUCUUUUUGGAUUUCCGGGAGUGUGUAUUUAGGACCAUUAGAAAGGGAGGGUCACAAUUUACUCUAGUAUGAAUUUUGGUCAGUGAUAGCCAUCCAAUUUGAUUGGAUUGGUAGAUAUACAAUGAUUUUACUAAGAGCA